AUGUAUACGCUAAUCAUCAUUUCUUCCUACACAGCUCAAUUGGCCGCUUUCUUGACAGUUGAACGAAUGACAACUCCUGUGGAAAGUACUAGCGAUCUUGCGUCGCAACAGAAAAUCAAAUACGGCACUUUGAAGGGUGGAUCAACAAUGAAUUUCUUCCGCGAAUCAAAAAUACCAAUCUAUGAGAGAAUGUGGUCAAUAAUGCAAUCAACAACACCUACUGUGUUCGUGAAUAGUAGUCGCGAAGGGAUCGCACGAGCUAAAGCAGGUAAUUACGCGUACAUGAUGGAAUCGUCAAUGUUGGAAUAUUACAUGGCAAGAGAUUGUCAGUUGCAGGCCAUCGGAGGUUUGCUUGACUCAAAGGUUUGA